AGCCUUUCCAAGUCCUUCUUCACUAAAUGUUAGGUGUUCCGUUGCACAAGUGGAUUAUCAAAGCAAGGUUAAAGCUCGCUGCUGUUUUGAAGAUGAAUUCAUAUGCUUCGAUUGUCCAGGAUGAAGGCAAUAAUCAAAACAUAAUUGAACUGCCAAAAAUUGAUAAUGAGUGGGAAGUGUACUAUAAAAGCUGCUGCAAGUCCAGUGGUAAGGCAUGUCGAAGCUGCGCUCGAACGGGAGAGAUCAAGAUGAGACUGACGCUUGUAGCUAUUGCACUGUGCCUGGCCUUUGUGCCUGCGCUAUGCGUACCUGGUAAAUAUGCUGACAAACAGUUUCUGGCGAAACAGAAGUUCUUCUUCGAGGUAUUCCGCAAUAUUCAUCUGCCUCUCACGUUCGAAGAGUACCUGCCGUACACCAACAGCUGGGUGAGCGAUGAAGCCAAAUACAAGAACUAUCAGCAAGUUGUUCAGUUCUUCGACUACUACAAAUCGGGUUAUCUACCAAAGGGAGAAAUCUACACUGUAUACAACAAGGAGUAUAUGAAGCAAACGUAUUAUUUGUUCACGUUCCUCUACAAUUCUAAUGACUGGGAUACUUUCUACAAGAAUGCCAUUUGGGCCAGAGAAAACGUGAAUGAGGGUAUGUUCAUCUACGCUCUGACCAUGACUGUAUUCCAGCACCCUGAAUUGAAGGGAAUCGUACUGCCAGCGAUCUACGAAAUCUAUCCAUACUAUUUCUACAAUACCGACAUGAUCCACAAGGCCAUGUACAAGAAACUGUAUGAACCCGAAUUUGGAUAUACAAGCAAUUCCAAGUACAACGCUGUUUAUUCAAACUACACUUAUGAAUAUCCAACGGAAUACUACUAUGGAAUGGAACAUUACUAUGAAGAUAAGCUGAACUACUUCACCGAGGAUAUUGGAUUGAACGCGUUCUACUACUACUUCAUGAUGGACUAUCCAUUCUUCUUGGGAGGAGAUCAGUACAACCUAUUCAAGGAUCGCCGUGGAGAACAAUAUUUGUAUAUGUACCAACAGCUCAUUGCCCGUUAUUACCUGGAACGUCAAGCUAACUUUAUGGGACCAAUCGACGAAAUCAACUGGGACUACCCAAUCAAGACCGGUUAUUGUCCGAAAUUGACCUAUUACAAUGGAAUGCCGUUCUAUGGACGUAACGACUACUACUCGGUUCCUAAGUAUACCUACCACUACGUUGAUGUGCUGAAGGAUUAUGAAAUGAGAAUCAGACAGGUCAUCGAUCAGGGCUACCUGUAUCUGAAGGACGGAAGCAAGGUUGAUUUGCGUCAACCAGAAUCUAUUGAUUAUCUUGGAAAUCUGAUCAAUGGCAAUCCGGACAGUGUCGACAAUGAGUUCUACAAAUAUAUCGGAUACUUUGCUCGCAUUGUGUACAGCGGUAGCGACCCCUCGUAUGUCGGAUCUAAAGUCUGGCCAAGCGCUCUCAUGCACUUUGAAACGUCAAUGCGCGAUCCCUUCUUCUACCAGCUGUAUAACAAAAUACUCGGCUACUAUUGGCAAUUCAAGAGCUAUCUUCCUUACUACACGUACGAUGAAUUGAAUUACAAGGGUCUUGAAAUCAAGAAUGUUAUGUUCGAUAAACUUGUAACAUACUUCGAGUACUUUGACUCAGACAUCAGCAAUGUUAUCCCAAUGGAUGUGAACAAUGAUAAGUACUGGGACAUGAUGGUUUAUGCUCGUCAAAAGCGCAUCAAUCACAAACCAUUCACUUACACCAUGGAUGUCUAUUCAGAGAACGCUGGUAAGGGAGUUGUUCGAAUGUAUAUGGGACCGAAAAUCUACGACGUGAAACAGUUGCAGUACUAUAAGAAAUACUUCGUCGAGGUUGAUCAAUACGUAUACGACUUUGUUGCGGGUAAGAACACCAUCGUCCGCAAUUCCCGCGAUUUCUACUGGAGCGUACGCGACCGUACUACCUACAAGGAUCUGUACAAGAAGGUGAUGAUGGCCUACAAGGGAGAUUACAAAUUCCAGCUCGACAUGUCCGAGUCCCAUUGCGGAUGGCCCGAUCGUCUCUUGUUGCCAAAGGGUCUUCCUAAUGGUUACGAGCUGACCUUCUACUUCAUCGUCACUCCAUACCAACAGCCCAAGGUUCAACAGUACUCGACAUACGACCAUUUGUACACAUGCGGCGUUGGUUCUGGCUCGAAAUACGUUGACGACCUGCCGUUCGGAUAUCCCUUCGAUCGUCCGAUCAACUACGGCUACUUCCUCACCAAGAACAUGUACUUCAAGAAUGCGCUGAUUUACCACUUCGAUGAUAUUCAAAUGAACAAGACUUUUUAAGGAAGUUUAACAUUACGAUACGUCCCUAUCAUGCUAUGUAGACUGAAUAUUAUGAAUAAAGCAAAUUGAAAAGUA